CUCCGAGCUUAAAACACACGCCCCUUGUUUUCACUCACAGUCAUACUUAUUUCACCUCUCUCUCGCUAAAAAACACACACACACACACAAAGCCCUCGCCGAAAAGCUCGUUUCAUCUCUCUCGAUCAUCUCUAGGUAUCAAAGGUAUUUCACAUCCGGAACCGUGUUUGGGCCAGUUAAAAUAUGAGUUCAAGAAGAGGGGGUGGGUCUGGUCCAAAAAUACAUGCUGCUGGUGCCGCCGAAACAGCGAAAGGCAAAAAUGUUUCCCAAGUUUCUGAUCGUUGGGCCGAUCAAGUAUCUGAUAGGAUGUCAGAUAUAAGUCUCGAUUCUGAACAAGAUGGAGGCUGGGAGGAGGUAGCGAGGAAGCACAGAAAUAAACCUGUUGGAAAUGUGGGAAGUCAGUAUCCAGGUGCAAAAGUAUCAGGUAAUCCCUGGACAGGGUCUAAGGGGAAUUCUAAUGCUUGGACUGGAACUAAGCAGCCCGCCAAUGCUUGGGCAGGGAAGGGUUCUGUGAAUGCCUUUGCAGCACCAGCAGGUGGCAAAGGAGGGUGGAAUCAGUCAACCUCCAUAGAGUAUGGUAACAGUUUUGAUCAACCGGUUGUUAUUCCUCCUCCUCUUGAGAAUGGAUGGCAAUGGCGUAAUAACACUUCUCAGGUUGGAAAGGUGGGUAAUGUAUCUGCUUUAAACCCUGUCGAUGCUACAUAUGACAAAGAGGAAGAGAGUUAUGAUGAAAAUGAUGGUGAUGAAGAUGACUUUAAUACUGAAGAUAUAUAUGAUUCAGAUGAAUAUGACUCUGAUGAAAGCCAAAAGAGCCACGAAACUCUCAAGAAGACCUCAUUACUUAAGGGUUUCUUUAAAACCCUGGAUGAGAUGAAAGUAGAGGAAAUUACUGAACCUGAUAGGCAGUGGCACUGCCCAGCAUGUGCUGGAGGGCCUGGUGCUAUCGACUGGUAUCGUGGACUGCAGCCCCUGAUGACUCAUGCUAAAACUAAAGGCAAAAGAAGGGCAAAAGCCCACAGGGUACUUGCUCAACUUUUGGAUGAGGAGCUGCGCAGGAGGGGAACAUCUGUUAUCCCUGCUGGUGAAGCCUUUGGCAAAUGGAAAGGUUUGAAUGAAAAUGUUGUCAGAGACAGGGAAAUAGUUUGGCCUCCGAUGGUGAUGAUCAUGAACACACAAUUGGACAGAGAUGACAAUGGAAAGUGGCUUGGCAUGGGAAACGCAGAGCUCCUCGAUUGCUUUAAUGCUUAUGAAGCUGUUAGGUCUCGGCAUUCUUAUGGCCCGCAAGGGCAUCGAGGUAUCAGUGUCCUUAUCUUUGAGGCUUCGGCUGUUGGUUUUUUGGAGGCUGAGCGAUUAAGCAAGCAUUUUGAGGAUGAGGGAACGAAUCGUGAAGCUUGGGCUCGUCGUCAGCAGAAGUUUCUUCCCGGCGGACAGCGUUUGCUUUAUGGUUACAUGGCAGAGAAAGGAGAUAUCGACUAUUUUAACCAGCAUUCGCAGGGCAAAUCCAAACUAAAGUUUGAAUUGAGGUCCUACGAAGAGAUGGUUGUCAAUCCAAUGAAGCAAAUGAGUGAGGACAAUCAUCUCCUCAACUACUACAAGACCAGAGUUGUCAAGGAGAAGAAACAGGUAAAAGUACUCAAAGAUUCGUUUGAUGCUGUGGCUGACAAAUUGCGCAAGACCCAAGAAGAGAAUCGUAUAGUGCGACAGCGUACAAAGUUGCAUCAUGAAGAAAAUAAGGAGCAGAUGGACUACCAAGAAGAAUUUUUUAAAGAGCAAAUCAGGCUUAUCCAUGAAGCCCGCAUUGAGAAGGAGGAAAAAUUCGAGAAGAUACAGCAGGAGAAACGGGAGGAGAUGAAAAGUUAUAUGGAGAAUCCCUCUUCUGCAGAGGACCGCCAAUUCAGGAUCAAAAAGGGCGCUACAUUGAUUUUGUCUCAGCAGAAAGAGAUGGAUGAUUUUGCUGAAGAAAGGGACAAACUUCUAAAAGAUCUGGAAGAUAGGAAGGCUGAGUUAAAGAGGCUGCGCUACGAGGAGGAUGUUAAGCUAGAGAAGGAGUUUGAUGCUGAGUUGGCUCGGCUGAUGGAGAAGUACAGCCGAGGACAAGCACCUGAUAUCUCCUGAGGAGAGAAAGGAGUCUAAGAGAUGCAGCAGCAGAACUUGGUCCAAUCUUAAUGCGUUUUUUAGAUUAAUGAAACUAAGAAACUUGCGGUGAAACUUAAGACAUGAAGCUUUAGUCUUCCAGUCACAACUGCUUGGCAGUUACUUGAGACUCAGAACUAAGUAAUUACAAAAAUCAAGUUUUAAUUUCCUUUUUGUGGGUCUUUGUGAUGAAGUUCUGUGAAAUGGUUUUUUUCGAACCCAA